UAGGUCACUACUAAAACUAUGAGUAAUGUAUAUAGCCUGAUUUCCGCAUAAACAGCAGAACUGUGUUGAUACAGUUAAAGGGGAAAUGACCUGCAACUGAGGAAGUUUCUUAAAGUGGGAAAAACCCACACACGAAGCUAAGGAACUGGCUUGUAUUUGUUAGCCUCUGAGCUAAUGUGUUCGUUUUACUUGUGCUUUUAAAUCUGUGAUAUUCGUAUGUUUAGUAUUAUUCGGAAGACAUACAGUUAAUAAUAACGAGUAUGAGCUCCAGUAUAAACUCGGACACGUUGGUUCGAAAACUGAACCACUCCACUCUGCGAACACUUUCUGACUUUCUGGACCCACAGGAUGGGUGGAAAACUGUUCUGGUCGACAUAAAGAAAGAGACUGGGGAGCCGAGGUACACCCAGCUACACCUCAGGAGAUUUGAGAGUUUGGUGGCUAAGGGUAAAAGUCCUACUGUGGAGCUGUUAUAUGACUGGGGUACCACAAACUGCACGGUGGGGGAACUAGUGGACAUUCUUCUAAAACACAAGCUUAAUGCUCCUGCAACAGUACUACUGCCAGAUAUAGCUGCACCACCAGCUGUUUCUACAAAUUGGACAGCAUUAAAAUGCCCUGUCCCUGAAUACCAUCAGCAACAGACCCAACCUUGUGGGAUUAGACUGAGUAAAUCACCAGUACAGGAAGAUAUACUGUACACAGCAUCUGACAGCAGUACAGGACCAGAGGAGGAUCAAGAGCCUGAUGAAGAAGGGUUUUACAAGUUUACAUAUAACGAGCUGACUCAGAUUACUGGCAACUGGAAUGAUCACCCAGUUUCAGCGGGAGGCAACCGACUUGGAGAGGGUGGAUUUGGAAUUGUUUUUAAAGGCCUGCUCAAGAGCACACCUGUAGCAGUAAAGAAACUGAAUUUAGUAGAAGACAUGCCUCCUGAUGAACUGAAGACUCAAUUUGAUCAAGAGAUUCAAACACUUAAGAGGUUACACCACAUUAAUCUGGUGAAUAUGGUUGGAUAUUCCAUUGAUGGCCAGCACCCAUGUUUAGUCUAUGCCUAUAUGUGUAAUGGUUCUUUACUGGAUCGACUAGCCUGUCUGGAUGGAAGUAAGCCUCUUUCCUGGCAGCUGAGGUGUUCUAUAGCACUUGGAACAGCUCGAGGCCUUGAGUACCUUCAUCACAACAACCAUAUACAUAGAGAUGUAAAGAGUGGCAAUAUCUUGUUGGAUGAAUCCUUAAUUCCCAAGAUUUCAGAUUUUGGUUUAACUCGUGCAUCCUCUAAGCAUUCAUUUUCAACAGUGAUUACAGAGAGAAUUGUGGGUACGACAGCCUACAUGGCAUCAGAAGCCCUCAGAGGAGAGAUCACUCCAAAAUCAGAUGUGUUCAGCUUUGGAGUGGUGCUGUUGGAAAUUCUGUCUGGACUUCCUCCUGUUGAUGAAAACCGGGACCCGAAGCUUCUGAUGGAGAUGACGAAUGAGAUAAAUGAAGAAAUUACACUGGAGGAGUUUGUGGAUAAGAAAAUGCUGGAUUGUGAUAUGGAUGCAGUAGGAAAGAUGAAUAGUGUGGCCUGUCAGUGUCUGAGUGAAAGAAAGAACCGAAGACCUGUGCUAAAAGAGGUGCUUGCUGAGCUGGAGGAGCUUACUCAUUCAGAUCCAAAAAGCUAAACAAUAAAACUGGAUUCUAUACUGUAAUAUUAAAUGAAAGUAUGUAAUAUGUUAAUAAAUGUAUUGUACUAGAAUAAAGAAUAUCUUGGUCAUGA